AUGCGGCGAUUCUCUCAGAAUGCUCAAUCCGACCGCCCGACAUCCCUGACCACGCUCAAAUCGCAGCUGAAAUCCCAACUGCCAUUAUUGCUGCAGAUGGGCCAGUUGUGGUCCGUUCUGUCAAUCCUGGCAACUUCCCAGUCUGCAUUUUCUGGCUUCGACGGUGAGCCGAGCCCCACCAAUGUGUUCAAGACAGCAGCGGCCACAUUCGAUGCAAGCAACACCUGGGAUUUCUCGACAUCUUCGACCUUUUGGGAGGUGCCCUAUGUACAGGUUGUGCAGCUUUCAUUCUCAAAUCUGAAGGACGCCUUACAUGUGCAAUGUAAAUUUGAAGGGGCUACAGUGCGCUUGGCGUUUGCCCUAGCUUCUCCCCUCUUUCCUUUGCUGGUGCUGCUGUGCUGCUCUGUUUUGGAAGUCAUCAGCCGCGGGACUGGUAUUGCUGCUGCGCUUCAGGCGCUUACAAUUCUGUACAUCGGAGGGGCAUCCAGCUGUGCAGAUCUUUUCGUUUGCCAAGACAUUGAUGGAUCUGGAGAAAGCCUGCCCAAGGAAUUUGCCUUUCGAAAAUCAUUGCCAUACAUUGAGUGCCAAAACAGCUCUCCUGUAAAGACCCUUGUGGAUGUGGUGGCCUAUGUCGGCACUUUUUGCUACGGCAUGGUGAUUCCAUUGAGUCUGCUGUACCUUUAUGCUCGACAGCACAUGAUCUUGAAAUCAAGCAGGAUGACGGUGGCAUGUGCCUCACAAGGGGACAAUCUCAAAGUCUACCUUUACAAAUUGCGGGAAUGUGCCCUUGCAAAAGUUCCAAACAAGGAUGACCGUUUCACUCGAUGCUUGGUAGCAUCGGCUGCAGCUUACGUCGCGGUCCUUUUUCAUGGACGAGCACGCGUUUGGCUAGUGGAUGAUGCUACUUAUAUAGUGGUGAAGCCCGUCACAAGUACGCACCCAACUGAGCAUGCUGCUCUUGAUGUGUACCUGCUUGAUCUUUUGGGGCCAGAAGAUGCGCAGGAGCAGGCGAAGACGUUGAAGUGUCGAUCCAUUGCCGAGAUGUUGACAGAGCGAGUGAUCCUCCAAGACGUCAUCCACACAGACAGAGUCCUGUUGGGCGCAAAACAGCUGCUUCUGAAAUAUAUGCUCUGCAAACAUCUCUGGAUGGAGAUAGCGCAGAAACUCGUUGCCGUGGCCCUGGUGUCCAGUGUGAACAGCGUUGACAGCUUGCAGUUCUCCGUUGGAAUCACUUUGACCAUGGCAGCCACCAGUCUGAUGGUGCAGCCAUAUCUGCAGCAGCAGGUCAAUGCGCUCCAGUGUUGGUGCUUCAUUUGCUUGGCACUGGCAGCGUUGAGUUUCAAGUUCCAAUGUCCAUGGUCAAGCCGCGCUGCCUUGCUAUUCCCCUUUGCGCUGAGCGCUCUCCAAGCCUUGCGACCUGACAAUGUAGAGAGCUUGGCUAUACGGAUCUGGGAGGACAGCCGUGGGGGUGGAAAGCACCCAUGUUUGUGA